GAUCCAAAGGUUUUCUUUCUCCAAAUGAGACAUUUUCAUAAGACUUGACAGAACCGCAGGACCGACCCAGAGUAUCUAAUCAGAACCUGGCAGAUCAUUCAGAACCUUCUGAGUCCAAACAGAUUUAGGUCCAUUUUAUGUAAAAAAAAAUUACUGAAAUACCAAAAAUGUGUUCAGAACCCGGUCCGGUUAACCCGCCUGCUCAUCCUCACCACCUUCAGCCACAUUGGGCCAGUGAGGCCGGUUCCAUGAUUCAUCAGAACCAUCAGUUCUGUAAAGUCCAGUUUAAAGAACUGGACCAGAACAUAAAGUCUACAGGAAUACGUUCUGCUGAUGAAACGAUUCAACCAAUCAGAUGCAUGCUUUUUAUAGCUUUAGCCUCCAGAACCACACAUGGAACUGAAUGUUCUGAACCAACAGGUGGCGCUGUGAUGUCACACCAGGUGAGCUGGUCACCUGAAGUCUGCCAGCUUUUAACCCGGGUUCUGACUGCAGGUUGGACCUGACUGUGAUCCAUAGUCCUGACAUCAUCAUCCUCACCUUCCUCACCAUCAUCAUCAUCAUCAUCAUCAUCACCCAUCCUGUUGAGCGACGCGCGGCCCGCUGGGUUCAGGCGCCAUGAAGUGUGCUCGGCGCCUUGGAGCUCGCCUUCCUGACAGAGCCGAGGGACGUCAUCGCAGUCAGGGAUCGGCCCCUGAUGCUGCACUGCCAGGUGGAAGGGGAGGGGCCUAUCAGCAUCACCUGGAGACACAACGGCGUUCCCGUAGCGGCAGGUGUCAGGGCGGCGGUGCUGGAGAACGGCACGCUGCUCAUCAGGAACUUCUCCAAGAGGCGUGAGAGCAACGAGACGGACGCAGGAGAGUACGACUGCGCCGCACAGAACCGCUACGGCUUGCUGAUCAGCCGCAAGGCGCGGGUGCAGCUAGCCUCUCUGCCCAAGUUCCUGUCCCACCCACAGCCCCUGGCCGUGGACGAAGGAGGCGUGGCCAGACUCAGCUGCCAGGUGAACGGCGUACCUGAGGCCAACAUCACCUGGCAGAAAGACCGAGGGGCCCUGAGCACGGCUGACCCCAGGUACACGCUGCUUCCUAACGGCGUCCUGCAGAUCACCAGCGUCCAGCGCUCUGACAGCGGCGUGUUCCGCUGCGUCGCCUCAAACAUCGCCAACACGCGCUACAGCCACGAAGCUCCGCUGUCCGUCUCCGUGGCAGGAUCCAGGAUGUACAAGGAGCCGGUGAUCCUGUCUGGACCUCAGAACCUCACCAUCAACGUCCACCAGACCGCCAUCUUGGAAUGCAUCGCCACCGGAAACCCGCGGCCCAUCGUGUCCUGGAGUCGCCUCGACGGCCGCUCCAUCGGGGUGGAGGGGGUCCAGGUUCUGGGGACGGGCAACCUGAUGAUUUCUGAUGCCACGCUGCAGCACUCAGGAGUGUAUGUCUGCUCGGCCAACAGGCCCGGCAGCAGGUCCAGAAGAACCGCGCUGGGUCGCCUCGUAGUGCAAGCUCCUCCAGAGUUCGUGCAGUGGCCCCAGUCUGUCUCCAGGCCAGCAGGGGGCAGUGCAGUCUUCAGCUGCACAGCCGCUGGCGUCCCCGAGCCACACCUCAUCUGGCUGAAAAACGGCAAAUUGCUGGUGCCGAGCGGCAACGUCAAGCUCACCAACGGAAACACGACACUCGCAAUCACCCGCAUCUCCCCUGAAGAUGAGGCCAUCUACCAGUGCAUCGCCGAGAACAGUGCCGGUACCAACCAGGCCAGUGCCCGCCUGGCCAUCGCCCAGGGGCCCGAGCUGCCCGAGGCCCCCACCGGGCUCCGAGCUGCGGCCCUGAGCUCCAGCAGCCUGCAGCUCACCUGGGACCAGCCAGAACCUCAGGCCAGCGAGCAGAUCAUCGGAUACGUGCUGCACAUCAGAAGGCUGGGAGAACCCGACGGCGCCGAGCUGCAGGAGGCUGUCGACAAGAACACCUUCGUACACGACUUCCACAACCUGGAGGCUGCCACCACCUACUCCGUCUACCUGAAGGCCUACUCCGCCCAGGGAGGCAGCCAGCAGUCCAGCACCAUCACUGCCACCACGCUGGGCGGAGUCCCCAGCACCCCCAGCUUCUUCACCAAGGUGCUGAACCAGACGGCCAUGCAGGUGUACUGGGAGCUGCCCGCAAAGCCAGGCAAGGUGGAGGGCUUCAGGCUGGAGUACCGCGCCGUCUCCAACCCCCUCGUCCAGGGACAGGAGGUCUUCCCAGGACACAUCAACACUCACACCAUCUCCCACCUGGAACCUGCAGCGGUUUAUGAGCUCCAGCUGGUGGCGUUUAACGGGAACGGCGACAGUCCGUCCACGCGUCGCCUGGUGUCUCUGUCAGAGGGCGGAGCUUCUGCUGCAGCUGGUCAGAGCUGUAACUGCGACCAGUCGGACCCCUCCAUGUCCACUCUGCUGGUCGGCGUCCACAGCGGCCUCGCCUGCAUCCUCUGCUGCCUGCUCUUCGUCCUGCUGGGCUACAGACGCAGUUUUAUCUGCAGGAAGGAGGCGAGCUGGGAGACCCCGCCCACCCUGAAUGGCGUCAGCGGUCCUAAAGGUCACGCAGCCGAGAACAUCGAGCUGAGCCAGAGAUGUGACUCCGCCCCUCCUCCAGUGAUGGUCAUGGUUGACUCAACUCGACCCGUCGAGCCCAGCACAGCCACCGGAUAACCCCCCCCCCCCCCCCCCCGGUCUCCAGCUGAGGCGGCCUCCUCCCCCCUGACAGCCUUACCUCCACCUCCUAGAUUACCUCUUGCCUUUAGAUGAUGAUGAUGCUGAGGAAGACCGUCUGAUUCCACAGGAGUCCAAAGGCUUCUCAAACCUCUGCAGCUCAGAUGUUUACCUGCUGUGACUCCAAUUCUCCACUUUACCUCCAGGCUCAAACCAAAGCUGAAUCCUUCUGGUCCAAACCGU